UCGCUGUGGAGAACUUGACCCAUCAGCAGCAUCACCGGCACCGGCAACAGGACAGCCUGCCGCCCCGCGGAGCUCCCCCGGUCAGACUCGUGUCGGGAUGUCUGACUCACUCCUGCUCUCUGCGCCGCGGAGGAGCUCGAGCUCUCACGCCAACUCCACCGUCAGUGACGUGUGCGUCACGUGUCCGCCUCUUCCCUCGGUACGUCCGUCGUGUUUUCUGUCCUCCCCUCCACUGGCUGCCGGAGCUCACCGAGGACAAACAAGCGCAGCACAGCCGAGAGGAGAGGAAGGGGCUGGGGGGGGCUGCAUUGAAGGGACCGGUCCGGUGUCACGGUUCGAGCCCGCCGAUGGACGGAGGGGUCUUCCACCUCCUCUAAGUUGCCAUCAGUGAAGCCCGAGCCUCCCGUCAGCCACACUCCUCGGGCUCCUGCCAUUGUAAACUUUAGAUGUAAACCCCCCUUUCUGCUGCGGACUCCGAGCGGCGACCAGGCGAGGUUUUUACUCAAAACUGUGGUGAGACCUGUGAGUGGAUCUAUGGACGAGUCCCGCCGUCCUCCCUCCCCCACGCCUGGUCUAUAGUCAACCGGAAACGACUCAAAUUCUCACUCACACCCUGCUCACUGUCGUUUGAACAACCCUUUUCACCCCUGCGGUCACGCCAUGGCCAGCAAAAGGAAGUCAUCUACUCCUUGUAUGAUACCCAGCAAGGUAAUACGUCCUUUGGAGGAGGCUGAACAGGACUUCCCUGCUCUUCUCUGUCAGUCCAGGAUUUUCGGAGGGGGCAGACAAAGCCCCCUUGACCCUUCAGAGUGUUCCAAACCAGAGGCAGGGGACGCCAUCAAAGACUGUACUGGCACUUACACCUGUAAGCCUUGUAACUUUGAAACCCAGGACCUUAAUUUGUUCUUGGAUCAUGUGUACUCCGGGCACCCAGACUUUCGCGCAGACCCCAGCUUCUGUUGCCUGAGCUGUGGGGUUUCGGCUCCCAAGUUUGAGGGUCUGGCCCUGCACAAUGCCAGGGUUCACCCCAGCACUUGGAACACUACUUUACAGCUGAGGAAGAGGGACAGGAGGGUUGUGGUGGAGCAGAAACUGAUAAGUGGGACAGAGUCUGGAAAGGACAGUGAAAUUUCCAUAAGCAAGACUCCAAUAAUGAGGAUGCUGAAGGGCAAGUCGGAGCCCAAACGGAUAGUGGUGCCUCAUCCAGUCUCGAACGAUUCUCCAUCGGAUCCUCUCUCAGUCAACUCCAAAGAGGCCAAGAGAAAAGAGACCACUGCAGUGACGGUCACGCAUGUUCCCACAAUAGUCCACAAUGGAACCGCCAAGGUCACGCUGCCCUCAGCAAUUCAGAUCGUCAAUGGCUCUGGAGCAUUACCGAUGCUCAAGACCCCCAUCACACAGGUGGUUUCAGUGGUUCAGACCAGAAACUUUCAUCAGUCUGCACCGAUCACAGUCUCCUCAAAUAUGUCCUCCUCUUCCUCAAAAAACCUCCCCAAGGUGAUGAUUCCCCUGAGCAGCAUCCCUACGUACAGUGCCUCCAUGGACUCAUCUUCCUUCUUGAAGACCUCCUUCAGUAAAUUCCCGUACCCCACGAAGGCUGAGCUCUGCUACCUGACUGUGGUCACAAAGUUUCCAGAAGAGCAGAUUAAGAUCUGGUUCACGGCCCAGAGACUUAAACAAGGCAUCAGCUGGUCUCCCGAGGAGAUUGAGGAGGCCAGGAGGAAGAUGUUUAACACCAUCAUCCAGACAGCACCUUCCAGUGCACAUAACCACAUCCAGAGCCACCACAGCCCAGCCCAACACACAUUCACAGUCCUGCCUGCGUCACUGGGAGCCACUGGGAUCCCUCAUAUCCUGCAGGGAUCCCUUGUUAGCCAAGCCGGAGUAAUCGUAACACAGCCUAUGAUGGCCAAUGGUAUCCAGCUUAGCAGCACCCCUUUGGCCCUGGCCGUCACGCCUAAGCCCCAGGCAGCAGCCCGCCCCAUGAUGCAGGCCCGACCUGCUGCAGCCCUGGUGGCAGACAAAGGCAUCAGCAUGGUGGUGGGGACGGUGGGCAGCAGCACCACUUUGAGCAACGUCAUUAGCAGCAGUAAUAGUAGUAGGAGUGGGGGAGGGGGCACGAAAAACAGCAUUGUCAGUAGCAGUCAAGCUAGUGUCAUCAACCUUAGUCUGGGAAGCAGUAAUCAUAGUAACGGCAGGGUGAGCAGUGUCAAUGGUAAACACAGCAAUGCUAAUGCAGUCUGUAGUGACAAGAACAAAAUAUAUGUUACCAGCCGUGCAACUGAUAAGAAAACUGAUAUCAGCAAAGCUAAUAACACCAGCAUUGUGCACGGUGACAGCAAAGUGACCACAGACAGUAAACCUAAACACACUAACGGCAGAACGGGCAGUGAUGGACAGAGGAGUAAAGAUGCUAAUGUUACCAGCAACAAAAAUAAAACGAGGACAGAUGAUGUUGACCCCAGUGACCCUCUAAAUAUGAAAAUGGAUGACGCUUCUUCCCCUGCCUCCAAAUCGUCCUCCCCCUCGCCUUCAGCUCCUCCAGGCAGCACAUCUGGCUCCGGGACGCCAGUCGGUGCGUUCCUCGACCCCAGCUUUAACAAGAGCAAGAAGUCUCAAGUGCAGCUCAGUGCACUGAAGGACAGCUUUCAGGGCAGCCAGUUUCCCGACCAGGAGGAGGUUGACCGCCUCAUUGCUCGGACUGGGCUCACAGUGCGAGAAGUUCGCAAGUGGUUCAGUGACCGGCGCUACCACUUUCGGAAUCUCAAAGGGGUGCGCACGAGCACAGGUGCACAGAACAGCAAGUCUGGCACUGUAACAGGGAGCGGUUCAGGUUUGCCAGGGAGUGGCACCGCUGGCAGUGCCAACCCUGUUGACUUGUCAGAGAGUGGCAGCAGCUCUGGUGCCAAAACGCCACAGCACGGCUCGGCACCCCUGAGUCCCACGGCAACACAGACACCCACCUCACCCAACACGCCAUCCCGCCGACUCCCCAGACAACCAUCUGAAGAUUUCACAGCUAUCCGCUACAAGGAGAGAGAACCCCAUCAGUUGAAGGCACUCGAGGCCAGUUUUGCAGAGGAUCCCGACCCAUCUGGAGAAGAGGUGGACAGGCUGCGAUCUGAGACCAAGAUGACCAGGAGGGAGAUCCACGGCUGGUUUGCUGAGAGGAGGAAGAAAGCCGCAGCUGAGAAGAAGAAGGAGGAGGCAGAUCGGGCACUGAGAGAGGAGGAGGUGGGGGUUGAUGGGGAGGAACGACAGAAAGAGGACAGUUCAGGAGAACUGAAAGUCAACCCCAUUAAGAUUAAUCUGAAGAUGCUGAAGGUCACAGAGGCCAGUGGCAAAGCGGAGGGCGAAGGGUUGGAGAGCUCUGCUUUACCGCUUCUGCCCAGCAGCACACCUGCAUCCUCCCCAGGCUCUGCCCAAUCCUCCACCCCCAAACCAUCCCAGUUCUCCACCCUGACCCCCAAACCAUCCAACUCUCCCAAACCCACAGCCAUCCGCGGCAAGAAGACAGCAGAGCAGCUUCACCUGCUCAAACAAGUCUACGCCCGCACCCAGUGGCCCAGUGCUGCUCAGUACGAUGAGCUCAUCUCAGCUUCGGGACUGCCCAGACCUGAGGUGGUGCGCUGGUUUGGGGACUCCCGGUAUGUGCAGAAGAACGGCCAGCUGAAGUGGCUGGAGUCGUACCAGACCAUGGCUCUUGAGGAGGAACUCCAGACGGAGAACACGCAGAUCCUCCAGGCACAUCUGGAUGUACACGGCAGAGCGGAGGAGACGCAGAUUCUCCUUCCCACCCAGCUGCAGGGACUGGCUGACGAGAGCGGCUUAACAACGGACCUGGUGCGACACUGGUUUGCUACCAAGGCGUCUUUGCCACAGACGGAACAAACUGUUGUGACGGGACCAGGACCAGUUGCCCCGGGCGUGGCCGCCGAGCCUCAGACGACAGGCUUCUCCCCUCUGGAGUCGGAGCCAGGAGGAGGAACCGAGGAGAAAAUGGAGCAGUCGGUGUGUGGUGACGCAACAGAGCCAGAGGAGGCCAACACUGACAAGACUGUGAAUCCUACUAAAGGGACCGACUGAAGAGGCCGUUUGUCGGAGGACGGAGUUCAUGACGCAGGUGGUGUUUGUGAACGGAGUCUGAGUAAAAGAUGGCAGAUGUGGUUGUAACAGGAUCACUGGAUGGAAAUGGACCCUGAAACCAUCCCCACAAACCCAUCCCUCUCUCUCCUCCCUAGAGGUAGGCAAGACCUCCCCCCUGCUAUGUGAGAUGGACGCUUAAGCUACUAACCCCCCCCCCCCCCCCCCCUCCUAUCAAUCCAUCCACCCACACGCCCACUCUCCCUCCAUCUCCUGCUUUGUCUGCCCCUCUGCGACACACCCACCCUCUCCAAUAUCUGUCCGUCCACCAUUUUACCUCCAGACAGAGGUUCCAGUAGAAAUUCCAAUCCAGUUGUGGCGGAGGGAGGGGCGAGGUGUUGUUUUACACCUGACUGCUGGAGCGGAAGAACACAAGAAAAACAAAAUGUGGCGGAAGAAGAGGAGGAGGAUCUAAAAAAGUAGGUGUGGUCAGGGAGACCUCACAGCAGAUGUCGACUGGGGGAUGGUGGGUUGGGUUCCGACAGAUAACGGCCGAGUCCCCCCCCCCGGACCCGGAUCGUCUGAGACACUGUUCAUAGUUUGUUUUUCGGGGUACGAGAAACCACACAGCUCUCUGCGACAGGGAGCUCGCCGGGGCCUUAAAGUAAAAGAAUAAUGAACCUACUUUCUUUUUUUUUUCCUUCCAUUAUGUCAAUAUCCUGCUCCGUUUCUUUUUUCCCAUCAUGCACUCUCACACUUUGACUUCAUGCUUGCAGCUGAACGUGCUCGCUGGGCUGUUGGCAUCUUACGUGAAACACAGCACUGGUGUUCAUUCGAUCCUGCCUUGAAUUUUGUAUUUUUUUUGGGGGGGGGGCAUCUCUUUAUACUUACUCUUCAUUUCUCAGCUAACACAGAACAUCAAGUCGUUCAUUUUGGGGGAAACGUGUAGUUAGUUACAUCCGAAGGGGGCAAGUCUCCCUGUUGUGUAUAAAAGGAAAAAAAGACGACUCGAUAUAUUAGACGUUAUGGAAUCUGGUUUGUGUUGUAGCAUCAAGUGCUUCAUCUCUACGUCACUGACCUGUACGUUCAUUUGUUUUUAUGGAACUUUAUAAUGAAAUUAAAAUUGACUGUAAAACAACUGUGAACUUUUACCAGAGUUCCAUACUUAGGCUUGAUGUAUCAUUUUUACAGAUAUUUGCAGAAUAAAAAGAAUGUAAUAAA